AUGACACUGUGGAACGGCUCCUUCCCCUUCUACCCCGGCACCAAGGCAUGCUUCCCAUUCAACACCACCCAGACUGUCAUUGUCUCCAUCUUCCUCUCCAUGUUGGCCACUUUCAUCAUCAUCCUGCCGGGGAUCCGGGGCAGGGGGCGACUCUUCUGGUUCCUGCGGGUGGUGACGGGACUCUUCGUGGGAGCGGUGGUCCUCACCAUACAGUUCACCAGGGACUGGGAGACUGGCUGGGUGACAGCAAACACCUCCUACAAGUCCUUCAGCCGUGCCCUGGUGAAUGCGGACAUUGGGCUGCACAUUGGGCUGAUGGGGGUGAACGUCACACUGGCGGGCAACCCAGUGAACCAGGUCAACGAGACCAUCAACUACAACGAGCACUUUGCCUGGAGCUUCGAUGCAGACUAUGACCACAGCUACGGUGAAGGGCUGGAGAGGGGGCUGCCCAGCCCCAUCCUCUACGUGGCGGAGAAGUUCACCACGCAAAGCCCCUGCGGCAUGCACAGGCAGUACCGCAUCUCUGGCCGCUACGCAUCCCUCACACUGUGGAUGGCCUUUUGCAUGUGGCUCAUUUCCGUCCUGCUGUUCUCCAUGCCCAUCCUGCUCUAUGGUGGCUACAUGCUCCUGCUCACUGCUGCGCUGAUGCUCUUCUCACUGCUCUUCUUCUUCACUGCGAGGAACACGCCAAAGUGUCCCAUCCAAUUUGGCUCAGCUGCCCUGAAAACAGACUACGGUGGAUCCUUUUGGUUGACGUUAGCAACAGGGCUGCUGUGCCUGCUGCUGGGAUUGGGUGUCAUCAUCCUGAACUCAGUGCAGCCAGAGAAGCUGAAGCUUAUCUUUAACCUGGAUGAGGGAAAGGGAGAAGAUGCGGAGGGGUGGGACAAGUCCUACCUGCCAGCCGAGCCCAGCUCCUCUGCGCAGGACAUGCUGAUGGUCCCCCUGGGUGAGCUUUGCGAGGUGACAGCCACGCGGCUGUAA